AGCCCCACAGGGGCCAUGAGCACCAAGCAGGAGGCCGGGAGAGAGGAGGGAGACACCAGUAGGAGGGGACAGGAGGGACAGCUUCGGGACCGAGCCCACCUGAGCCAGCAGCGCCGGCUCAAACAGGCCACCCAGUUCCUGCACAAGGACUCAGCCGACCUGCUCCCCCUGGACAGCCUUAAGAGACUCGGCACCUCCAAGGACUUGCAGCCACACAGUGUGAUCCAAAGACGUCUGGUGGAGGGAAACCAGAGUCGGCUUCAGGUGGAGUCUCCCCUGGUGCAGGCCCCGACUCAUGGCCAGGAGAGCAGGAGGCAGAUGAGCAAGACAGAGAUUCCAGCUCUUCUGGUCAACUGUAAGUGCCAGGACCAGGAGCUGAGGGUGGCCGUGGACACAGGCACCUGCCACAAUCAGGUUUCCGCCGGAUGCCUCAGCCGCCUGGGGUUAGGGAAGAGGGUCCUAAAAGCCCCAGGGGGAGCCCUGGCACCUGGGCCCCCAACCGAGGUGGAGCAGCUGGAGCUACAGCUGGGCCAGGAGACAGUGGUGUGCGAGGCCCAGGUGGUGGACGUUGAGAGUCCUGAAUUCUCUCUUGGACUGCAGACUCUGCUUUCUCUCAAGAGCUGUAUCGACCUGGAGCACGGAGUGCUGCGGCUGAAGGCCCCCUUCCCAGAGCUGCCCUUCUUGCCCUGGUACCAAGAGCCUGGCCAGUGACUGGUCCC